AUCCCGUGGGGCUUCCGCAGUGAUUGAGGGAUGCUUGCAACGAGGGGCCGGCGCGGGGGUGGCGCACCUGGCUCCGGAGAGGUCCCGGCAUCCGAGUCCCCCCCCCCAGGGUCCCGGUGGUGCGGCCCGGGUCGAGAGGCCGGAACCUUGGAGCUCCCGGCUGGCCCCGGCGUGGGGAAGUGCGCCUGACCCAACCUUCGGGCCGGCUCCCGGGAGACCCCAGGGAUGCCAGAGGUCAGGAGCUUCCGCCAGGACCUCACGCGAUGGAAGAAGCAGCAGCAGCCUGUGCGCCGCACGGUCAGCCAGAUCUGCCCGCCCCCGCGGCGGCCCCUGACCGUGGCCGACAUCCGUCCCGGCAUGGAGAACGAGCGGCUGGGGGUCGUGCGGGACUCCAUGUUUCAGAACCCACUCAUCGUCAAGGCUGAACUUGGCAAGCCCCGGGAAAGAAGCUGCAGUCUGCCCGGCAUUAAUUUUAAUUACGGACUCUACAUCCGAGGGCUUGAUGGAGGGGUCCCUGAAGCCAUCGGGAGCUGGAACGUGUUUAAGCAGCAGCCCACCUGCCCCCAAGAGCUGACCCGGAACUACAUCGCAAUGAACCGCGGGGCGGUGAAGGCCGGCCUGGUGACUGCCCGGGAGAACUUCCUCUACCGUCAGCUCAACGACAUCCGCAUCAGUGACCAGGAUGACCGGCACCUGAAGAAGGAGCCCUCUCUCCCUCCAAACAUGACAUUUGGGAUCCGGGCGCGGCCUUCGACACCCUUCUUUGAUCUGCUGCAGCACCGGUACCUGCAGCUGUGGGUACAGGAACAAAAGGCCGCCCAGAAAGCCAUCAAACUGGAGAAGAAGCAGAAGGUGAUCCUUGGGAAGCUGUAUGAGACCCGGAGCAGUCAGCUGAGGAAGUACAAGCCACCUGUGAAGCUGGACACCCUCUGGCACAUGCCUCACUUCCAGAAGCAAGGCAUGACACUGGACCGGAGGCUCAAGAUGAAAUGAACAGCCCCUGCCCUCCCCACAUGAAGAGCCCCAGGGCUGUGGCCACCUGAACCCCCCACCUGUGGCAGAGGCGUCGGGUGGAUCGGGUAAGAAGGCAAGGAAAGAGGGAAGGGGAAGAAGGCAAAGGCAGCCCACUUUUCAGCUUGUAGACCAAAGCCAUUCAACCCAGCAGAAGGCUGGUGCCACCCACAAGGGAGAGCGGCCAAUGCCUCCCCCCAGAUAGAGGGUGAGGCAUCUAGGAUAUUUUCUCAGGCAUUGAGAAGAAUAUAAGCCCCGGUGGAUGUGCUGGAUGUGCCCAACAGGAAGGGCUAUUGGGAAGUCACAUCCAUCAGCCAAUGUCACCAACCACUGGCGGCUAAGGUUCCUUUGGCAAAGCUUUGUAUCCAGAUUUGGAAUCCUACCCAAAUCUCUGAUAAGUGAAACUCAUAAAACAGAGUUACUCUUUCUAAACUGUGUGUGGCAUGAGGGGGCCCCCCCUCACCCCAGGUCACCUCCCACAAACGCAGUUUGAACCCUCAUUUAUGUUUUCAUAUGAAAAAGAGGAAAAGGCAAUAGUCCUGUAGAAAUAAAAGCGAAAUCCUCUCUGC